AUGGCAUGUAGGCAUAGACGUACGGCUGCGGCGGCAGCAACAGCAGCAGAAAAGGAGGUGCAUUACCGCGGAGUAAGGAAGAGGCCAUGGGGGAGAUACGAGGCGGAUAUAAGAGAUCCACAUAGGAAAUGCCAAGUAUGGUUAGGCACAUUUGACACAGCAGUGGAGGCAGCGAUGGUGUAUGAUACAACAGCCAUAGAGUUUCGAGGAGUUAAGGCGAAGACAAACUUCCCAAUUCAUAUUGAUGUAACUCGAAGUCCCAGUGAGGUGAGUAUUGUUGAAUCAUCUACCACAAGAGUUAAGGUGAAGAAAGUGGAGGUUCCUGAGGAACUGGUGAUUGUUGAAUCAUCACCGCUUCCGUUGGAUCUAACCCUUGGCAGAUUCGGAUCCAUAAUCAUGGUUUCGAUGCAGGAGAUCUCAGCGAGUCAGAUUCUUCAUCAGUGA